UCAGCUUCAACUGGGAUGCGAAGUGCUCAGUGAUCGAGUUCGUGUCCGCCGUCGGUCACAAUUCGGAUGCGGAGCUACCAUGAGCGAAGGCGUUACAGCGCGUCUUACGCUCACUUAAAGGUUCCCAGCGGAGUUGAGGAAGACGAAGAGGGGGGUUGUGGUGGUGCCCGGCUAUGCUUCUUGUUGUCGGUUGAGGAUCUCCAAGAGGCAUCGCUCAUGCUCUCCGGAUUCUGUAGUCGGCUCCUCCUUCGCGGGAUUGUUGUCUGCUGAUGCUAUGUUGAACGACAAGACCCUCAAAGUCGUCCCCUGCUGACCACUGACCCAACUCCACAGGUCGGCACAUGGCUGAAACAAGGUGAGGGUGUGGCUGCGAGUGUGAAUCGUCAAGACCACACAGUUAAACCACAUGGAGGUCAAAGGGCAUCUGAUUACAUCCAUGGGUUUGGUGGGAGCUCCAGAUGUUCAAAUGUGCCACGAUGGCAAGCUGCAGGCUGAGCGCGUUGCAGCUCUGCAAGAGAGGAAGGAGGCCUUGGAGGUUCUGCUCAACUCCCGCGUAGAGGAGCUCAAACUUGUUUGUUUUCAAGAAGCAGAGCUGACUGGGAAGUUGCCACAAGCUUUCCCCCUGGAGACGGGGGAGAAACCCCCAGCUGUUCAGCGCAGAGCUGGCAUGCCUCCCAACUGCAGGGUAGAAGAUGAAGCUGCCCAAAGAAAGCAGAUGAAAGCGAUAUUUACUGGUGCCCUGUACAGACAUACAGAAUCAGAGAGAAACUUCCCAAAUAGCAAGAGGACAGUUCAUCGGGGCUGCCACACAGAGGACGGUGUUAUGUCAGAGAGUACAAGCUCCAUGUCAGAUUCAACAUCGCAUGACAACGAGUCCUCUCCCAGUGUGGCUACAGAUCAGCGGUCUCUGUCCCAGCCUCGGCUAAGUGUAGGCAGCCCCGACCAUAGGAUCAGCAGGAAACUCUCUCCUGUAGAAAUUUACUAUGAAAUGAGGACUCGUCGCAAUUCUCUCACAAGUUCUGUCAGUCCAACUCACUCUUUACCAAGAAGUACUUCUAAUAUGGAAGGCAGAAGUGUUCCAGCUACACCACUUUUGGCUCGAACUGCACCAAUCAGUGUUCAUGUCAGGUCCGAUGUUUCAGGGAACAGUGGGUUGAAGCAGUGGUCUGGCAGUCUUGAUGUGUCCUACAUGAUACCACUCGCCCAGGAGGGAUCCUCCUCAGACCGGAGAAGCUGCCUUUACAACGCCAGAGCCCGACGCAGUAACAGCUCAGAGGCCCUGCUAGAUCGGUCCAGCCUUUCAGAUGAUCCAGUGCCCAGAAACAUUAUGCACCCAAAAGGAGGGCCCUACAAGAGCUCGGAAACGCUGACAGAUGGGAAACUACGACACACUCACCUGAGCAGCCCAGAGAAACGUGUGGAUGGAUCUGGGGAACAGACCAAAAUGCGCUUUUCCAUGGGGGGCCGAGAGGCUGGGGUAAGCUACAAUGAGCUGUUGAUGGACUACAUAUGGGCCAAGCAGCAACGGAUGCAAGUGCAGCAAAACCUUUUCCAGUCCACAGGCAGAAUCUGGCAGGACUUAGCCUCUCACUGCUCUUCUACUGGAGGAGUUGCACCCCACGCUAAUGGUUUCUCACAUUCCCAGGUGCAUCUUCCGAGCGCCGCACCCCCUUACAGCCCAAUGGUUGGCCGAGGGUCUCAAGCAGACAUGCGCAGGGUCAAGGUCACCAGAACCAAAUCUUGUGGCCCCUUUAUUCCUCUGCAGCAAUAUCCCCAGGAUGCCAUCCUGCUUUCAGAAUACGAGUCGCACCUUCCUGCCUCUGGUACCACCACAUCCUCCAUUCCCAACCUGCUCCCCUACAAAACCGAAAUCUCUGGGCCUGCUUUCAGUCGAAGACCCCCGCAAUUCUCCCUUCCCACCCCAGAGGACUCAACACGAAGCCUCCACAAAGCCCUGGCUCUGGAGGGACUGAGAGACUGGUACCUUAGGAACGCCCUUGGAUAUCCUCCUAAAAGCCACGAAGCUGGGAUUUCACGACUCUCACAGCCCCACCCUCUGGCAUUCCAGGCCCAGUCCCUUCAAGCUGAAGCAACCAACCCUCACAGGCCUCAAAUGCCUCAGUCAGCCAGCUUCCAUGGGCACCCACUGCAUGGCAGGUCGAUGGAGCUGUCCCUCUAUCAGGAGACUCCUCACCCCCACACACAAGAUGGGGGCCCAAAGGAACCAAAUGCAGACCCAGGGACUCUUGUCUGAAGUAGAUGGACCACACAGCGGCUCACACUCCAACCAACUAGUAAUUGACCCUAAGUACAGACCACUUGAUCCAAUGUGACUUCAACAGGGAAACAAAACGUGGCAACCUCAGCAGAAAAACGACUGUAAUGACAGUGUAGCUGUACAGUUUGAAGUGGCUUUCAAGUCCCAUGACUUUGAAACUCGUGCUCCCUAAGAAGAUGAGCAUUUACUAAGAAUAACAAACGGUCAAGCUGUUCUAUAGUACCUCCAUAAUCCUUCACAAUAUCCUCAGUAAUAACACAGAGAAGUCUCCCAAGAUAUACUUUUUUACAAGUUUAAAUCACUAUUUUGUAUCUUCUCAGAUAUAGACAGUUAUAUUGAAAAGAUAAUAUAUUGCUCAUUACCCAUGUAUGUUAUACAAGUAUUAAUACAUGCCAGUGAAUGUGUGUUUAUGGAUAAUUAAAAAAAAAAAGACCAAUCUUUGUAAUUCAUUUGACAGCCAUUCAUAUUUAUCAAUGUUGAUCCACAAAAUGGGCCGUGAACUCAAGUUGAAUGAAGUAGCAGAUUGGAGUGCCUCUAUGUUGCUAACAGAGCAAAAAUAAGCCUCGGUUAGGUGACUUUACAGUGCUUUUUAAUGACCUGGUCUGCUGAUAUUAAGCCUCUGUGAAUUUACUCAAGUUAAGCAGUUCACAAUGUCAUUAAAAUUGGGGGAAUUUGGAACUAUGUCAGAUUCUUGAUUCAUCUCGGGCCCAGCUGAUAAAUGGAGCUUUGUUUCUCUAGGUUGAUGGGAUGCUUUGAUUUUUGUUUAAGAACAAACCUGAGGGCUCUUGUGAGAUCUACUGUGUUGCUUUUCUUCGGUCUGUCAUACAGAGCACUUUAUAAACAUCUUAAGCCUUAAAUUCCCUAUGAUUUGUCCCCACGAGAGAUGACAGCCUGGAGUGUUGGCAGUCAUGAUCAGCCUGUCUUGAGUCUGCAAAUAGUGUGGAUUGUGCUGAAGAGUUUCACCUAGAUGUUUUAUUCGUGAACUAAAAAUUUGAUUAAAAAAAAAAAAACUACAAGUAAUGAGGCACAAAUCCUGGCUUUAAUUUUGUUUUCUGUUAACAUAAAAAAGUCUGGCUAUUGGCAUGGCCAGAACCCGGAUGAGUGAGCAGGUCUCACACCAAAAAAUUUGUUCAUGAGUUUAAUAUCAUUUUUAUUUCAAAUGUUUUUUUUUUUUGGAUCAUCUCUCGGUGUUGUCAUAUUUGUUAAUAAAAGGCUAACCAACAUUCUGCAACAUGAACCUCAGAAAAAGUGAGUGAGUGUCAAAUGAAAUUGUAAUUGAUUUGUUGUGUACAGAACUAAGCAUAUUUUUUGACUUAUUAGUUGCCAUAUUGAUUUCUGGACUCAUUUGAAUGUAUUUUUUGUUUUAUACUGUAUUUUAUUUUCUACUCUGGUACAAACUGUAGCACCAUGUGGAUUUAAUUGUUCUAAUGUAAACAUCUAUACAAUUUUCUGAAAAGACCAAAUGUCUGUGCACUGGGAAUUGAAAUGUAUUUUUCUUAGAGUUGAAAGAAAAAAAUGCUAUGAAUUUAGCUGUAAAGCAAAAUUUACCUAUAGUAUAUUCAUAAACUUGAACACUUUGUAGCAAUCUACUGUAGCUUGUUCUCAUCAGUCAGUGUGGUGGGAAUUAAUGUUAGAACCAUUAUAUUCAGCAGUGUGACUUGCUAAUUUUUGAGUCUCUUUUUAAAUAUAUAUUUACAUACCACUCUUUUAUCCAGGUCUAUAAAAUCGGGCUCAUUAGGCCUUCCCUAUACUGUAUGUACACGUACGUAUGAAAUUGUGCAUUCACUCUCUGAAAAUAAAAUUUCUUGUUGCAA